AUGGUUCGGCCCCCGCCCGAAUUACAGCUAUACCUCCCGCCACAGUUCCGAGACGAAGACCUCGAUCAACGCGGCUUCGUGGACGCCACGCCCGUAGAGAUCGAGAAAUUCAGUCAUAUCCAAGAGGAAAACCCCGUAAGUAUCGCAGCCGGGGGCGAGAAGGAAGGAAAUAGUAAUGAAGGAAGCAAGACUGGUGCUGAUGACGAAGAGGAUAUGAUUGGAGCGACACGAUGGCAAAAAGAGAAGAGGAGAAAACAAAGAUUAUUGGCAAAUUCCGAACAAGCACAAAAACCGUUGAAAAAGGAAGGAGCCAAGGCAAAAGUGUCCCAAAAAGGUUCCGAAGCGUCUACGCAAAGUACAAAAGAUGCGAAAACCAAAGCCGCACAGAAACCUCUCAGCAAAGCAGAAAGGAGGAAGAAGAUCAAGGAAGAAAUUCUGGCCGCCGGCGAGGGGGAAUCAUAUCAGGGAUAUCGUCGGAGAAAAUGGUGA